AUGUCAUCCAGUAACAAUUUGGGUGAUGUUUUCACUGGUGGCGCUACCACUUCUCAGCACGUUGAAGCUGAAGAUGAUGAUCAUUUCGAAAAUACCACAUUUAAAUUGAAAAGAACAAGAUCGCUUGGGCUUUUGGAUGAAUUUAUUCAACCAUCAGAUGCAGAAAAGGCUAAGUCCGGAGAGGUGGAUUCCAAGGGAGAGUCGGAAAUAAGUUCAGCAAACAAUGCUUCACCCCUGGAUGGUAAUUCUGACAACAAGGGAGGAUUGUAUGGUGAUGAUGAUGCUGUAAUUGAUGAUGAUGAAGACGAUAGAGAAGGCCAUAAGUUGCAAAUACCGGUAGUUUUAAAGAGCCCGGAAAUGUUACCGCAUGAUGAUACAGAUAUUCAAUACGAGCCAUCGAGACAUGUGGAUUACCUUUCACACCAAUGGGAUGUUUCUGAUAUAUCCAAGAGUUGGCGUUAUGUUAUUCAAAAGCGUAAAGAUGUUGCCAAUUCGGCGAGGCUUGAGAAUGCGAGUUGGAGAACCUGGGCGCAACGUAGAUCCAAUUUGAAGACGAUCAGCCCGGAAGUAGUGAAUUGGUCUAAGGAUAGCGAUGUCACUUGGUUGUAUGGUCCUAUUAUGAAGGACGAGGAACAUGGAGAAGCAGAUGAGGAAGAUAAUCAUAAAAGAAUCACUACUGCUACGAGUGCGGUCGCCGGGGACAUUUCAAUACCAAACAAGCCAAAGAAAGGACCUAAACCAAUUUUGAAGCGUAGAACGGUUCAAGAUAUGAUGAUUAGUCAUUCUAACUUAUUGAAAUUGCAACUUGCCACGAAUAGAAUGCACGAUAAACAACGCCAACAACAUGAAUCGCAAGUUCGCAAUGAAAAUCAACUGCAUAACGAGAAUGAACCCCCUGAAUUUGAUGACUAUGAUGCAAUUUCAGCUAAAUUAAAUUCUCAGUACAAAAAUAUAGAUUCUCAGAAUAAUAGCAUAGUUAACUUACAGAAGCUAAAUGAUGAUAAAAAAUCGGAAUCAGCAAAAUCAGACAGUCACCAAGCAGCGAAUAAUGAAACGUUGAAUCAGUCAGACCAAAUCUCAUCGGACAAUGCUACCAAUAUCCCACCUAAUAAUGCAGAUGUAUCUGUAGGAGCAAAUUCCACCACUAAUACUUCAUCCCCUAUUCCUAAGGAAGAACGUCGCAUCCACUUUAAUGACGAGGUGCAGCAAUGCAUUGCAUUAGAUGAAUAUUCAGACGACGAGGAUGAUGAUUAUUAUGAUGAUGACGAGGAUGACUAUUAUUAUGAUGAUGAUGAGGAAGAUUAUAUGUACGAAACCCCCCAUGAAGAUCAAGAUGACGAGAAUGACGAUGAAGACGAUGACGAUGAUGAAGGAGGAUUUUUCUUAAAAGUGAAAUCACCGUCUUCUCCUAAUGCGCCAGUACCAGGUUUAUCUUUGUCAGCUAACAGGGAAAACAGUAAAAACAAUAGUAAUAAUGAUAAUACUGAAGACACCGAUUCAAUCUCCACUACAAACAGUAAGGUUCAUAGAAGUAUUCAUUUAUUACCUUCUACGACGUUAAAUUAUGGCUCAUCGGACGAAGAAAGUGAUGAUGAUAAUCCUUAUACUUCAAGUUUAUCCCAUAACGCAAAUAAUAGAGGUUAUGAUUACUAUUAUGACUAUAAUACUGUUUAUACUUGUGAUCCUGGUCAUUCAAUUUAUGGGUUGAAUAAUAAGAAUGAUAGUAAGGCCCCUGAUGUUGUCGAUGUACCAGAGAAUAUUACGUUAGGUUCUAAUUUUGACUAUGAAGAUAUUGAAAACGAAGAUUUCAAUAAUGAAAAAAUGCCAAUAAUUGAUCCAUCAAUUAUCAACAGUAAUAACCUAAACUAUCCAACGAGCCAUAAUGAUGAUAAUUCUACCUUUAAACCAAAUGAUUCCGCUAGUAAUAUUAACGAUAGUGGCGAAAAAACGAAUGACAAUAGUAAAAGGUUUGAGAAAUCUAACAGUCCGGAACCUUCAAAUAAAAAGACAUCACCCUUUGACUUCAGUGGUUCAGAUAGUGAAAACGACUCUGAUGAUUCAGAAGAUGGGUUGUCGAUCAGUACUAGAAAUUCAAGUCAGUCAUUGGCUCAGCUGGUAUUCACGCACAACAUGACUCGGUCUUCAAACAAUGAUGAUGAACAUCAAUACCCAACUUACGAAAGUCAACCAGUCACAGCUCCAGUUUCCAGCAUCAACCCACGUCAUUCCUCAACUUCAAUUUCCAAACAAUCUACGUCUUCGAAUUCUUUAUCACAGCUGUUCUUUGGUGGAGGCCUUACAAAGCAAGAUGAAAAUGAAAGCAAGGAUCUAGCUCUGGCAUUUUUCGAUACAAAUGAUGAUGACCAAGAUGAAGAACCUCAAGACCAAGGUGAAACUGUGUCAUCACUGGAUAUGCCGCAAUUACAGAAAACAUUAUCUAAUACCCAACGCAAAGCAUCCCCUCUACCACCACAUACCACGUCUGCCAAUGCAUUUCUGGGAAAUACAACGCCCCCAUUAGAGAAACAACCGAAGAAUACGUUUUCAUUUGAUUCUGAAAGUGAUUCUGAAGAAGAAUCCGGUGAUGAUAUUACAAUUCCCCAUGUUGAUAAUACAACUCCAAGUUACGCAUCUUUAUCCCAGGUUGCUGAUAAGAAUGGUAUAAGAAGCCCAUCACCGGAUGUCAACAGCAUCAACAGCCCCCAAUCAAAUUCAAGUAACAGUAACUCUUCUACACUUGGAAACCAAAACAAGAACAUAGUUGGCCAGGCAAAGGGCUUGGCAACUCAUUUAUUGGGCAAUUGGAAAAAUAACGAAUGA